AUGACACGUUGGUGGCUCACUACUGUGCUCUGCUUCACUGUUUUGUCGCUCUCCGCGCAGACAGUAUCCGCAGUUCAUCCCACUUUUCCCAGAUUUCCAAGUGUACAUGAUCCCAGAGUAAUCGUAGGCAGCAGGUAUAAAGCGGUCGACGAAGAAAUCAUAGAGGACGAAACCGAUGCGUCCAUCAAGGUGACGCACAUGCGCGUUCGCUCCGAAAUCGCUAUGCGCUAUGCGCGCACAAUCAUCGUCUGCAACUUGUACAACCCCAGCAGGCACCCGGAGGAAGUCACUUUUAAUUUGCUACUGCCUGACACUGCUUUCAUCAGCGGAUUCACUAUGACUCUAGGUGAAGAAACCUAUGAAGCAUAUGUGAAAGAAACCGAAGAAGCCAAGCAAAUAUACAACGACGCGGUUGCACAAGAUACAUCCGCUGCUCACAUUGCUACCGAUGCUCGUGAAUCCAACCACUUCACGAUAAAAUUCAACGUCGAAGGCAGAACAAAUGCGACGUACCGCUUGAGAUAUGAAGAGUUGUUGGUUCGUCGAAAUGGCGUCUACAACCAUGCUAUCAAUCUGCACCCUGGCACGCUUGUGCCUAAAAUGGACGUCGUUGUACACAUCAAGGAAUCGCAGAAGAUCUCUGUACUGAGGGUGCCAGAAUUGAGGACUGGAAACGAAAUUGAUGCAACAGAGAAGGACGCACAAAACCCUAAAGCUGUAAUCCGAAGAGGAAAAAAUGCACGGGAAGCUACCAUUACUUUUACACCUGAUCUGGCAGAACAGAGAAGACUUGCUGAAAUAUAUGUGGAAAAAAGGAAGCAAUCACUGGACCCCGAUUCAUUAAAUGUUGGUUACGACAGUUCAGAGGAAGAGAACGACAACGAGGGUCUCCUGGGUCAGUUUGUCGUACAGUAUGACGUGGAUCAGCCCAAGAAUGGAGAAAUUCUGGUCAAUGAUGGAUACUUCGUGCAUUUCUUCGCCCCGAGUUCAUUGCCGCCGUUGAGCAAGCACGUGGUGUUUGUUCUUGAUACAUCCGGCUCCAUGUUGGGCGAUAAGAUAGAGCAGUUGCGGAAAGCUAUGGACGCCAUUCUCUCUGACCUUAAUCCAAGCGACUAUUUCAGUAUCGUCGAAUUCAACUCAUUUGUCAAAGUUCACGAUCUGAGGGACAUCGACAAAUCUAUGCCACUUCCCGAUGCCCUUCCCAGUUCAACUGACAUUAAAGUGCCACCUGCACUUGCAUCGCCGGAAAACAUAGCUCUGGCAAAGAAUAUUGUAACUAGACUAGUUGCUGAAGAAGGUACCAAUAUUUACGAAGCUCUUGAUGUCGCCAUAAAAAUUGUACAAAACGGAGAUUAUCCAGCUGCUCUAACAGAUUCUGCGAACGUAUCUACGGUAGAUUAUAACAACGAAGCAAACCAAAGUAAAUAUGAGCUGGAACCCAUUAUAAUCUUUCUAACGGACGGCGAACCAACCGAGGGUGAAACCAUUACUGAACGCAUCAUCAUAAACAUAUCAGAGAGAAACUCUGGCGCGAAACGGGCAACUUUACACUCACUAGCUUUUGGAGAAGACGCAGACCGGGUUUUUCUUCGCAAGCUGUCUCUCCGCAAUGACGGCUUCAUGCGGCACAUCUACGAGGCAGCUGACGCGGCGCUACAGCUUCACGACUUCUACCGGGAGGUGUCCUCGCCGUUACUCUCUAACGUUAGGUUCCAGUACCCUCGGCAACAGAUAAAGGAAGGGUCGCUGAGUCAAAGCCAAUUCCGAACAAUCAACGACGGUUCAGAAGUGGCUGUAGUGGGUAGGAUCGCUGAACGCUCCAAAGAGAUCACGCCUCUUGUACUUGGAUUGAGAGCAGGAAGUAAAGGUCGUGGCCGGAAACCUUACGAAGUGAAUUCUACAGUGCCCGUCACUCAAAGCAAAGAUGACUACUUGCCCUUAGAGCGCCUUUGGGCGUAUCUUACCAUCAAGCAACUACUGGACAGAAGCGAAGCCGGUGAAACCAGCCAGAGCGGAUCAGAUGAUGAUAACUCCGAAGAGAGUCCUGAGAAGAAAGCUCUGGCUAUAGCGCUAAAGUACUCGUUCGUAACGCCUCUCACGUCGCUAGUGGUGGUUAGGCUGAACAAAACCGAUGUUUUGGACGCUCUAGAUGCAGAGACAGUUGAUGAGCCACGUUUUUUGCGGUAUAUGAGUGAACCGCUUCUGCUUAAGGAACCUACCUAUACUGGAGCAAGUACCGGUGGAGAAUUAUCCGUCCAGUCAAGCGCAGGGCCUGUGCUGUUUGUGCGAGCAACCAGGCGCUUUACCGCGACCAUCGAUAGCGGUAACCGCAUAACUCCUCUUAAUAUCGACUGCUAA